GCGGGGGCCGCGGGCGGGGGGCGGGCCGGGGGCGGGGGCGUCCGGCAGCCCAUUUCCUCCUCGGAGCCGGACGGGAGGAAGACAAAGCGGCCUCCGUCGGCAUCGGGCUUCGGGAAUUUUCCUGCCCUCGCCGGGUUCGCUGCAGAAAUGACUGCUGUCCACGCAGGCAACAUAAACUUCAAAUGGGACCCCAAAAGUCUAGAGAUCAGGACUCUGGCAGUUGAAAGACUGUUGGAGCCUCUUGUUACACAGGUUACGACUCUGGUAAACACUAAUAGUAAGGGGCCCUCUAAUAAGAAGAGAGGUCGUUCUAAGAAGGCCCAUGUUUUGGCUGCAUCUGUUGAACAAGCAACUGAGAAUUUCUUGGAGAAAGGGGAUAAAAUUGCAAAGGAGAGCCAGUUUCUCAAGGAGGAGCUUGUGGCUGCUGUAGAAGAUGUUCGAAAACAAGGUGAUUUGAUGAAGAGUGCUGCAGGAGAGUUUGCAGAUGAUCCCUGCUCUUCCGUGAAGCGUGGCAACAUGGUUCGGGCAGCUCGAGCUUUGCUGUCUGCAGUUACCCGGCUGCUUAUUUUGGCUGACAUGGCAGAUGUCUACAAAUUACUUGUGCAGCUGAAAGUUGUGGAAGAUGGUAUCUUGAAACUGAGGAAUGCUGGCACUGAACAAGACUUGGGAAUACAGUAUAAAGCCCUGAAACCGGAAGUGGAUAAACUGAACAUCAUGGCAGCUAAAAGGCAACAGGAACUGAAAGAUGUGGGCCAUCGUGAUCAGAUGGCUGCAGCCAGAGGAAUCCUGCAGAAAAAUGUUCCAAUCCUCUAUACUGCAUCCCAGGCAUGCCUACAGCAUCCUGAUGUUGCAGCCUAUAAGGCCAACAGAGACCUGAUAUACAAGCAGCUGCAGCAGGCAGUCACAGGCAUUUCCAAUGCUGCCCAGGCCACCGCAUCAGAUGAUGCCUCCCAGCACCAGGGUGGAGGAGGAGGAGAACUGGCAUAUGCGCUCAAUAACUUUGAUAAACAAAUCAUUGUGGACCCCUUGAGCUUCAGUGAGGAGCGCUUUAGACCUUCCCUGGAGGAGCGCCUGGAAAGCAUCAUUAGUGGGGCUGCCCUGAUGGCUGACUCAUCAUGCACUCGUGAUGACAGGCGUGAGAGAAUUGUGGCUGAGUGUAAUGCUGUCCGCCAGGCUUUGCAGGACCUGCUCUCGGAAUACAUGGGCAAUGCGGGACGUAAAGAAAGAAGUGAUGCACUCAAUUCUGCAAUAGAUAAAAUGACCAAGAAGACCAGGGACCUGCGUAGACAGCUUCGCAAAGCUGUCAUGGACCACGUGUCAGAUUCAUUCCUGGAAACCAAUGUUCCACUUUUAGUAUUGAUUGAAGCUGCAAAGAAUGGAAAUGAGAAAGAAGUUAAAGAGUAUGCCCAAGUUUUCCGUGAACAUGCCAACAAAUUGAUUGAGGUUGCCAACCUGGCCUGUUCCAUUUCAAACAAUGAAGAAGGUGUAAAGCUUGUUCGAAUGUCUGCAAGCCAGCUGGAAGCCCUCUGCCCUCAGGUCAUCAAUGCUGCAUUGGCUUUAGCAGCAAAACCACAGAGUAAACUGGCCCAAGAGAAUAUGGAUCUUUUUAAAGAACAGUGGGAAAAACAAGUCCGAGUUCUUACAGAUGCUGUUGAUGACAUUACUUCCAUUGAUGACUUCUUGGCUGUCUCAGAGAAUCACAUAUUGGAAGAUGUGAACAAAUGUGUCAUUGCUCUCCAAGAGAAAGAUGUGGAUGGGCUGGACCGCACAGCGGGUGCCAUCAGAGGCCGGGCUGCCCGGGUCAUUCAUGUAGUCACCUCAGAGAUGGACAACUAUGAGCCAGGGGUCUACACAGAGAAGGUGCUGGAAGCUACUAAGCUUCUCUCCAACACAGUUAUGCCACGUUUUACUGAGCAAGUAGAAGCCGCUGUGGAAGCCCUCAGCUCGGACCCCGCCCAGCCCAUGGAUGAGAAUGAGUUUAUCGAUGCCUCCCGCCUGGUGUACGAUGGCAUCCGGGACAUCAGGAAAGCAGUGUUGAUGAUAAGGACUCCUGAGGAGUUGGAUGACUCUGACUUCGAGACAGAAGACUUUGAUGUCCGAAGCAGGACGAGCAUCCAGACGGAAGACGAUCAGCUGAUAGCUGGCCAGAGCGCCCGGGCAAUCAUGGCUCAGCUUCCCCAAGAGCAAAAAGCAAAGAUUGCGGAACAGGUGGCCAGCUUCCAGGAAGAAAAAAGCAAGCUGGAUGCUGAAGUGUCCAAAUGGGACGACAGUGGUAACGACAUCAUCGUGCUGGCCAAGCAGAUGUGCAUGAUCAUGAUGGAGAUGACCGACUUCACGCGAGGUAAAGGGCCGCUCAAAAAUACAUCAGAUGUGAUCAGUGCUGCCAAGAAAAUUGCUGAGGCAGGAUCCAGGAUGGACAAGCUUGGUCGUACCAUCGCAGACCAUUGUCCAGACUCAGCCUGCAAGCAGGACCUGCUGGCCUACCUACAGCGAAUCGCCCUCUACUGCCACCAGCUCAACAUCUGCAGCAAAGUUAAGGCCGAGGUGCAGAACCUUGGUGGGGAGCUCGUGGUCUCUGGGGUGGACAGCGCCAUGUCCCUGAUCCAGGCUGCCAAAAACCUGAUGAACGCCGUGGUGCAGACGGUGAAGGCGUCCUAUGUGGCCUCCACCAAAUACCAGAAGUCUCAGGGUAUGGCUUCCCUCAACCUCCCAGCUGUGUCAUGGAAGAUGAAGGCACCCGAGAAAAAGCCCUUGGUGAAGAGAGAGAAACAGGAUGAGACACAGACCAAGAUUAAACGGGCAUCUCAGAAGAAGCACGUGAACCCUGUGCAGGCCCUCAGCGAGUUCCGAGCCAUGGACAGCAUCUAAGGCUGCCCUAGCCAGCCACCCUCACCUCUCAGAGCUCUUAAGAUCAGUCUCUGUUCUUCACUCAAAUGUAUUUGCUAAGGAGACCACUCAUGUUAGAUUCCACAGGGAAAUACACAUUUGUGUUUAAGCCAGUCACAAAUACUUUUAGCAUUCAGGAGCAUAUUUUUAGCUAUAUUUUUAUAAGCUUAAAUAA